AUGGAUACUGUCGAAGAAGUAGCCCCAGCGGCCCCAGAGACCACGGAGCCUGUCUCUCCCGGACCCGUUGCCGAAGCUGUCGCAGAAGCUCCCGCGGAAACUACUACGGAAACUGUUGCGGAAUCCAGUGGUGAAGCUCCAGAAGUAGAAGGCAAUCCUCCCCCGGCAACUCCUGUGGAUUCAGCUCUCCUCUCGGGUGAAGAGUCCAAGUCAGAGGCCAUUACUAGUCCGGAAACUGGCAAGGAAAAGGCGUCCCCAUCUAAGAAGCUAGCCGGCACGACAAGCACCGUGAAGCGUGCCCCAUCAAGCGCGACAUCUGCGAAGCGACCUGUUGGCUCGACAGCCACGAAACCUGGCGCGCGGACAAGUACCACCGGCGCCUUGAGUAAACCCCCGACACGACCAACCACAACGACAACAGGCACUACCCGCAGGCCGUUGAGUUCAAGCACCAGCACCACCCACCGGUCUCGGGCAUCUAUCAGCAGCUCGGCCGAUGAGAAGUCCUCCAAAGUUGCCAGCUCCGGGGAUGAGAAGAGAGGCAUCUCCAGUGCCGCCAAGCGCAUGUCUCUUGCUGGUACCCCCUCCAGUCGUGCCCCUACGACAAAAACCACAUCCUCGACGGCCGACCGUCGCACCAGUGUGGUUGGAUCUGCAGCAGAUAGGAAACCGACAACUACCGCAACCCGCACUAGCACCACCACUCGACCAACCACCACUACGACUCGGGCUCCCACCACGACUGCUACCUCUCGAACCACCACCCGGCCAACCUCGACAUCUACCACCAAGCCGACAGCCACCUCCACCGAUGCGAAAAAGAGACUUAGUACUGUGACGGGUGCGCGACCAGCUCCUGAUGCUGCCGACUUGGCCAAGGUCACAGAGCUGCAAGGAAAGCUGGCCGAAAGUGAGGCUACUAUCGCAAGUUUGAAAGCCGAGCUAGAGACUUCUCAAGAGAAGAUAGCAGCAUUCACCCAGUCGGCCCAAGAUGAAUCAUCAAAGGCUGACAGUGCAACGGAAGCAAUUCACGCAGAGCAUGCCGCCAAGAUCGACCAGCUUUCUCUUGAUCAUGCUCAAGAAGUCCAAGCCCUCCAGGAAAAACUAAAUGCCGCCGAGACCCAACACAAAGAAUUCGAAGCGAAAUCCCUGCAGGACCUUGAAGAGGCCAAGAAGUCUGCGCUUGCCCAAAAUGAUUCCCAGACAGCGGCAGCAUUGGAAGAGAUCAAAGUCUCGCACCAGGCCGAACUAGAGCGUGUUCAGAAGGAGCUAGAGGCAGAGAAGGCAACGGCUGCGGAGACUACCGCCCAAAUCAGCCGCUUGACGGAGGAACUUGAAUCUCAGAAGGCCGCGUUGGAGGAGGCAUCCAAGGCCUCUCAGAACAAGGAAGCCAGUACUCUCGAGAAGCACAGUUCCGUUGUCGAGCAACUCGAGACGGAGCUCAAGGGACGCACCGAGGCUGUCGAAAAUUUGGAGGGCAAGCUGAAGAAACUGACAGAGGCAAAGGACCAGGAAAUUGCCGCAGAAAAGGAAGCUACCACAGAGAAGACAACUUCGCUGGAAUCUAAGAUCGCCGAACUCGAAAGUCAACUAAGCAGUGCCAAAUCUACACAGCAAGAUUCCGACAAGGCUAGCAAGGAUCUGGCCGAAAAGGACAGUGAGAUUGCUGAACAAGUUGAAGUUAUCAAAGCUUUGAAAGCGGAAAUCGACCAGCACAAGGGUGCCUCGGAUUCUCUCAAGGCCGAGAUCGAAGGAUUACAUGCCAAAUCUAGCGAGGCUGAAGAUCAGAGUCGAGACCUGAGCGUUUCCCACGAACGCGCUCUCGCGGAACUAAAGGCUGAACAUGAUUCAAAUACAGCCACUCUUCAUGCCAACCAUACUCAAGCCCUUGUCGAGGCAAGCCAGACCGCAGAAACCACCAAGAAAGAGCUCCAGGACAAGCUUGAUGCCGCCGAACUGUCUAAUAAGCAGACUGAAGAGAAGCUCGCUGCUGCUGAAUCGUCUAACAAGCACAUUGAAGAAAAACUUGCUGCUACUGAACAAGCGUUAGCUGACGCAAAGCGUAACUUCGAGGAAAGUGCUGGAUCAGCGACCGAAGCUGCAAAACAAGAAAUCCAGUCUCUGCAUGAAAAGGUCACAUCUUUGGAGGACAAGCUUAAUGCCGACGCUGAGAAGAUCAAGACACUCGAUGAUGAUGUGACUGCUAAGCGUGAACAGCUUGAGUUGCUGCAGCAAAAGCUACAAGAUGAAGCGACUGCUGCUUCACGAUCUGCCGAAGAAAUCUCUGUUGUAUCCGCAAAACUUACCGAAGACCAUGCGCGUGCCAUUGAUGGUCUCAAAGCCGACCACUCCUCUGAGAUCGAGAAGUUGACCGCUGCCCAUGCCGAAGCCCUUCAGUCUGCCCAAUCCAAACACGAUGAGCUGCUUUCUUCCCGAGGUGACCUAGAGUCGACUCACGCCGAAACAAUUCAAGCUCUUCAGGCUCAAUUAACCGCAGCUCAAGAGGAAACCGCCUCAAAGUCUUCCGGUCUGGCUGAGUCCCACCAAGCAGAAAUUGCCGCUUUGACCAAAGAGUUUGAGGACAAGCACUCCAAGUUGAAGGAAGAAUGGGAAAACUCCCAGGCGUCGAAGGCUGCAGAGGCUGACUCUGAUCACAGCAAAGUCAUCGAGGAACUCCUCACUGCUCACGAGGCUAAGCUGACCACUUUGCGCGGUGACCUGGAAACAUCACACCAGGAGAAAUUGGACACUCUGCAAAAGUCUCACGAUGAAGCCCUUGCCGAAGUUAACGACCAACUUUCCAAGGCCAAUUCAGCAGCCGCAGAUACCUCUGUCGUUGAUGGACUGAAGCAACAAGUUGCCGACCUGGAAGCCAAGCUCGCUGCUGCCGAGGAAAACCUUGUUGCGGCAGGGCAGAAGUCUACCGCAGCCAGUGAAGAACUCGUUGGAAAACACGGCGAAGAGCUCAGCAAGUUGGAACAGGAGAAGAGCGUGGUGGAAGAAAAACAUCGUGAAGUAGCUGCUCAACUGGAGGAAGCCCAGAAGUCAUUGGCUGGGCACGGAGAUACCAAGUCCCAGCUCGAGUCUGUUUCUCAGCAGCUUUCUACCAUUCAAGAAGAGUUGACUGCCCUGAAAUCCACACACGAACAGACUCUCAGCGAUUUGGAAUCUGCCAAGACCCAUAAAACUGCGAUGGAGGAACAGAUCACCAAGGGGGAAAAGGAACUCAAUGGGCAAAUCGAAAAGAACAUGUCGCUCCUGACCCAACUGACGGAAGUUGAUUCUGCGAUUUCAAACAAUCGCAAACGAGUUCGCGAACUCGAAGCGGAGUUGACAUCUCUGAAGGGAGGUCAGGGCGAAAAGGAACAAUCGAGCGCCUUGAUGGCAAGCAAAUGGGCUAUUGCCGAUGAUGAAGCCAACGAGAAGAGCGGCCCAGCUGCGGAAGGUGAGGAGCUUGGAUCUUCCAUUGAGGGAACGAUGGCGAGCAUUCAGGAGCAGCUUAAGCAGAUUCGCUUGGCUAGCGACGAUUGGUACGAUGAGCAUCGGAGAAUCGUCGGUGAACUCGUCCAGGUGUCGCGCGGAGCAACCCCAGAGCCUUCCAAGACAUCGGCAGACAAGUCUCCUACUGUAUCAACCAGCGAGGAAGCAGAAAACUCACUAACCGAAGCGUCCGCCGAAUGA